AUGUCAAUGAUAGCGGUGAGUGACCUUGCACCUAGUAUACCCCUAUCACUCAAUUAUCCCGCUCAUACAGAAGAGAUAGAAUCCUUGAAAGAUGCAGCGAGCACCGCAGCCCGCGGAAUGCUGAAAUAUUAUCAUGGCAACGAACCUGGCCAAACCCCGGGAACUCUGGACGGAACGUGGUGGGAAGCGGGCGCAAUGUUUAUGACACUGGUGCAAUACUGGCGUGUUAGCGGUGAUUCCUCCUACAAUGACCUUACAACACAAGGACUUCAAUGGCAGUCUGGUGAUGACCAUGACUAUCUUCCUGCCAAUAGCUCUGCUUACCUGGGUAACGAUGACCAGAUGUUCUGGGGUCUCGCUGCUAUGACCUGUGCGGAGAGUAGAUAUCCUGAUGUCUCCGAUGGACCAUCGUGGCUGUCCCUUGUGCAAGGUGUCUUCAACAACCAAAUCCCGCGUUGGGAAAUGCAGACCUGCCACGGUGGUCUGCGGUGGCAGAUACACUCAUGGCUGCCCGGCUAUGACCUCAAGAACACGAUUUCAAAUGGCGGAUUGUUUCAGAUAGCUGCCCGUUUGGCUCGGUACACAGGGGACCAAAAGUAUGCAGACUGGGCAACAAAGAUCUGGGACUGGAUCGCUAGUAGCCCACUGCUGGACACAAAGACAUGGAAUGUGGCCGAUACAACAUCUGUGACUAAUGACUGUACGACCAACGGGAACGAGCAGUGGACAUACAACUACGGAACGUUGCUCAGUGGGGCGGCCUAUAUGUACAACCUGAGCCACCCUAAUCCAAGGUCGCAGACAAACGGAGACCAGAAAUGGCUCGACGCUGUCGACGGACUACUCAACGCCUCCCUCCGACUUUUCUUCCCCCCGAUGUACAACAACGGUACGGUCUUGUCCGAGGUAUCAUGCGAGACAAUUGAGACUUGUGACAGGAAUCAGAUGUGUUUCAAAGGGUUCCUGUCCAUAUGGAUGGCCUACACAGCCACGCUAGUUCCCUCCACCGCGGAGCGGAUUAUCCCCCGACUUCAAGGGUCGGCGGAAGCCGCAGCGAGGCAGUGUUCCGGAGGUGAGGAUGGGACCGCAUGUGGGGUCCGAUGGUACGAGGAUAAGUGGGAUGGGAAAAACGGUCUGGAGACCCAGAUGAGUUCCCUGAGCAUUUUUACGGCAAAUCUUAUGCUUCAGUCGGAUGAGCAGCCUGUAACUUCCACAACUGGAGGUGAGAGCAAGAGUGACCCUGAUGCAGGGACUGGAGGCAAGUCGAGGAAGCCUGAAGAGCCACGCAAGAUUAAAGCCGGGGAUCGAGCGGGCGCUUGGAUUAUGACUUUAGUGGUGGGGGUUGCAUGGAUUGUUAUCAUAGUGUGGUUGGUUUGGGAGAAGUGA